UGAUAAUUGAGAUAAAUAGGCCAACAUAAGCAUCACAAUCUGCUGCUUCAUCUGGGAGCGAUUUCUCUUUACCAAAUCUACCAUGAUGUUUAAUUAUAGUCAAAGAUUGGAUCGUGAUUUGUGAACUUCAUACUUCGUGUAUGAUCCGAGAUAUACAACCAGGGUUUUUUCUCUAGAUUCCGUUGCUUGUACAAGAUUUGUAUUUUUUCUGUUCAAUAUCUAGGUUCAGUUGGCCAAGAUUUGGUGGGAAAUUGCGAUUAUUGUUACUGUCACCGAGGUUUUAUUUUUGGGGUGUCUGUUGAUUAAGAAGUGAUCAUUGGUAGACCAAAAACAUCGGAUCUUUGAAGUUGCAUGAUCAGGGGUUUUGUGUAGAUUACUGGACUUGCAAUGGAAUUAAAAGAAAAAAUUGAAGUUGUUUUAGCAAAGAGAGGGAUAUACGGGGAGAUUCAAGUGGGUUCUUUUUAUGAUUGUUUUUCAUGAGUCUAAGUUGGAGUAUUGGGGAGAAAUAGCUUAUUAGUUGCUAUCGGAAGGGAAAUUAGUCCGGAUUGGCGAUUUUAUGUUAUAAAAAAGAUUAUGGCUGCUGGCACCGGCGUAGAAGAUGGUUUUACCAAUGAUAUUAUGUCCGGCGGAGAACAUGAGAUAUCACAGAAUUCCGACCACUUGAAUCAACUGGAUAUCGGAAAACCUCCGAGGCAUCUAUCGGUUGUUCGGCAUAGCAUAAGCACUGCAACACUGUUGACUCCUACAGAUCCGAGCUUUGACCUUGGGAUUGUUGGCGUGAAGUCAGCUUCAGAUGGAAAAUCCGAAUAUAUGCCCAUGAUUCGAUCAGGAAGCUGUGCAGAGAAAGGGCCAAAGGAAUACAUGGAAGAUGAACAUAUAUGUAUAGACAACCUUCUAGAACAUCUAGACAGAACAGAAGGUUUCCCUUCCCCUGGAGCUUUCUAUGGGGUUUUUGAUGGUCAUGGUGGUACCGAUGCUGCAUCUUAUGUUAGAAAGAACAUCUUGAAGUUCAUACUCGAGGAUUCUCAGUUCCCUGGUUGCUUGAAGAAGGCAAUACGAAAUGCAUACAUCAAAGCUGAUCAAGCAUUUGCAGAGAACAGCACUCUUGACGUCUCUUCAGGAACCACUGCGUUGACCACUUUCAUAUUUGGAAGGAUGAUGGUAGUUGCAAAUGCUGGUGAUUGUCGGGCAGUUUUAGGGAAACGAGGCAGAGCAAUAGAAUUGUCGAACGACCACAAGCCUAAUAGUACAUCCGAGAGACAUAGAAUUGAACAACUCGGUGGUGUCAUUUAUGAUGGCUACCUAAACGGCCAAUUAUCCGUUGCUCGAGCUCUUGGGGAUUGGCACAUGAAAGGCCCGAAAGGUUCUGCUUGCCCGUUAAGUUCCGAACCAGAGUUGCAAGAAAUCUUGUUGAUGGAAGAUGACGAGUUUCUUAUUAUGGGAUGCGAUGGACUUUGGGAUGUCAUGAGCAGUCAGUGUGCCGUAACAAUAGCUCGAAAAGAAUUGAUGAUUCAUAACGAUCCGGAGAAAUGCUCGAGAGAGCUCGUUCGUGAAGCUCUUAAACGGAAUACAUGUGAUAAUUUAACGGUAAUCGUGAUAUGUUUUUCGCCAGAUCCACCCCCGUGGAUCGAGAUACAGACCCAAACAGGACAUAGGAGGAGCAUAUCUUCUGAAGGGCUAAAUUUUCUCAAAGGCAUUUUGGACGGUAACUCGUGAGGUGACCAUCGAACUUGACCGUGGUGUCAUGAAACGGUUUGUGUUUAUAACUCUUGGUAACGUUUCAUUCCUUUACGAUUACUUUGUGUUCUCGUUUUGGGAAAAUAAGACCGAAAUUAUUGACGUUUUUCUUUCUUGUGGUUUUCUUUUUUUAUUUUAAGCUUCUGUACAUUUUGCUGUUUAAUUAUCUUCCCAUUGUACAAUCAUUUCGAGUUCUUCAUAGUUUAAGCACCUAGUUAUCUU